UGCAUGAUCACAUCCGCACAGACAAGCUCUGGUGUCUCUGGUCUGGCUGCCAAGUGAGCCUUCUUUUCUUUAUGACUCACUGAGAGCAAAAAUAAAAGCAGGAGGUUGUUUGAUAAGGUUUCCUCAAUCGGCUUUGAAGCUGCGCUCGCUUUAACUGCCUUUCGCUGAGUUGCUGUCGUCUUUCCAGGUAAACACAGAGUCUUCCUGUGCUGGAGAGUGAGAGACAGGUCGAGAAUGAGACUGAUGCAGGGGGAGGGAAUGAAGUCAUGAAGAUGGUUGAGAGAACAAAAAAUUAUAAAAAAAAAAAACACACACACCAAAGAAAUGAAGAAUAUAUUUGAAAGGAAGUGAGUUGACCGCAGGGUUGAAAGCGAGGGAAUGUAAGAGCGAGAGAGCAGGUUGGGUCAGCAUGGAUUUAAGCUCAGCCUCAGGGAUUAUGCCCUGUCAGACGGGGAUAUCUACAUGGAGGGGGCUGGCCUUAUCUGCACCCUCAGCCACUGCCAAUCCAGGGUUUCCUCUUCUGCUCACGGUCUCGUCCAAUGAGUGGCUGAUCUCUGGGAGGCCUGAGCGCUAAGAGGCACAAGGCUCGACAGCAGAGAUAUUUACUGCAGAUAACGAAGAGUCCGUAGAAGUAAAGGAGGACAGGACGAAGCAAUGGAGAAUAUCUGGGCCUUUGGGCCUGAGCUCUGCUCGGACCGCCAAAGGCUUGCCUGGACCGAUACAACCUGGAUCUAAAGCAGGAGGGAUUUUAGCAUGGUUUGGGCGAUUGGAGUCCUGUCAAUUGACCUUGGGACACUUUUCUUUAAGUUUGUAGCCUGAAGGAAAGCAAGCUGCGCGGGACGGAUUGGACUGUUUCCCGACCCCUCUCGACCUUCUACCCUUGAGUUUUUGUAGCACUCCCCCACCCCUUCCUCACUCCCUCCCACACACCGAGGGAGCUCCCGCCGGCCCAAUGAUGAAGGAGGAGGGCCUGUUGAGUCGCCGCCGUUUCUCCACGUGCGGCGGUUCAGCAUCGCUUCGACCUCCACACCCGGACGGACGCAAACUCAUCCGCAACGCCUCCUUUGGGGGCUAUAACGAGCUGUCACCCAUCUCGCUACCAGGUUUCGAGAGAGGGAAGGAGGACCUAUUGCCUCUGCCUUUGAAAGAAGACUCACAUUCCAUAUCUAAGAGCAAGUCUGAAACAAAGCUGUACAAUGGCUCAGACAAGGAUGUGUCAGCAUCUGGAGGAAAGCUCACCAAGAAGGAGUCCCUCAAGGUGCAGAAGAAAAACUACAGGGAAGAGAAGAAGAGGGCGACCAAGGAGCUGCUCAGCACCAUCACUGAUCCCUCUGUCAUCGUCAUGGCUGACUGGCUAAAGAUCCGUGGCACUCUGAAGAGUUGGACCAAGCUGUGGUGUGUGCUGAAACCAGGCGUCCUGCUCAUCUAUAAAACCCACAAAAAUGGCCAGUGGGUGGGAACGGUGCUGCUCAACGCCUGCGAGCUCAUCGAGAGGCCCUCCAAGAAGGACGGCUUCUGCUUCAAGCUCUUCCACCCGCUGGAGCAGUCCAUCUGGGCUGUCAAGGGUCCUAAAGGAGAAGCAGUUGGCUCCAUCACUCAGCCAUUACCCAGCAGCCACCUCAUCUUCCGUGCUGCCUCUGAGUCUGAUGGUCGAUGCUGGAUGGAUGCCUUAGAGCUGGCCCUGAAGUGCUCCAGCCUGCUGAAGAGGACCAUGAUCCGCGAGGGGAAAGAGGACAUGAGCACGGUUGCCACUGGCGGAGAACACUCCAUUAAUUUCUACAGCCUCCUCCGAGCCCACAACAUCCAUGGUUUCCAGUUCAACGACAGUGACCAUUUGAAAGACCCAGACCUGUACUCAGACAAGUCAGACAGGGAGGGUGAACAGGACCACGAGGAGUCAGACCCAGAAGGCCUGGAGAAGAGCGAGGAGAGCGACAGCGAUACGUCAGAGCGGCAAGACGACUCGUACAUCGACUUGGACCCCAAUGAACAUCUGCGGGAAACCCCGUACCUGGAGCAGUCUCAUGAGGAGCUGGGAGAGGCUGGUGAGGCUGCCCAGACAGAGACGGUAUCAGAGGAGAAUAAAUCUCUGAUCUGGACUCUGCUGAAGCAGGUGCGACCUGGCAUGGACCUGUCCAAAGUGGUGCUGCCCACAUUCAUCCUGGAGCCAAGGUCCUUUCUGGACAAGCUCUCAGACUACUACUACCACGCAGACUUCCUGUCAGAGGCUGCGAUCGAAGAGAACGCUUACAACCGAAUGAAGAAGGUGGUGAAGUGGUACAUCUCUGGAUUCUACAAAAAGCCAAAGGGGUUGAAGAAGCCUUAUAACCCCAUUAUUGGAGAGACGUACCGCUGUAUGUGGCUCCACCAGAAGACCAACAGCAAGACGUUCUACAUCGCAGAACAGGUAUCCCAUCAUCCUCCUGUGUCUGCCUUCUACGUCAGCAACAGGAAGGACGGAUUCUGCCUCAGUGGCAGCAUUCUCGCCAAGUCCAAGUUCUAUGGAAACUCCCUGUCGGCCAUAUUAGACGGGGAGGCUCGGCUUACUUUUCUCAACAGAGGGGAGGACUACGUGAUGAACAUGCCCUACGCUCACUGUAAAGGCAUCCUGUAUGGCACCAUGACCCUGGAGCUGGGUGGUCAGAUCACCAUUGCGUGUGAGAAAACAGGCUACAGUGCUCAGCUCGAGUUCAAACUGAAGCCAUUCCUGGGCAGCAGUGACAGUGUGAAUCAGGUCUCUGGAAAGAUCAAGCUGGGGAAGGAGGUGUUAGCCACGCUAGAAGGACACUGGGACAGUGAGAUCUUCAUCAAUGACAAGAAGACGGGGACGAUGGAUACUUUUUGGAACCCGACACCAGAGCUGAGGCAGAGUCGACUGACCCGCUGCACCGUCCCACCAGAGGAGCAGGGAGAGUAUGAAUCAGAAAGACUGUGGCAGCACGUGACUCGAGCCAUCAACAACAAGGACCAGACCGAGGCCACCAAUGAGAAGUUCAUCCUGGAGGAAGUUCAGCGGAAGUCCGCCCGCGAACGGAAAGCCAAAUGUGAGGAGUGGAUCCCCGCUCUGUUCGAGCAGGACCCCGUCACCGGAGAGUGGCAUUACAGAUAUGCCGACACGAGGCCAUGGGAUCCGCUAAACGACCUGAUCCAGUUUGAGAAAGACGGCUGUAUCCAGACCAAGGUCCGACACCGCACCCCUAUGGUACGUUCUGGCAGUCUUAUUAGUCUGAGUAACCAGGGGCCGCGGAGGGACAAUUGCAAGUGCCAGGUAACGGUGCCAAAGAGGAAACACAAGAGCGACAAGCCGAAGAGCCCAGAGAGCGGCUGCUCCUCACCCGAACCCGACCGCCAAGACUCGUCUGGCAGUGAACGACACAAAAACAAGCAUAACAGCCGGCUGAGGAAAAAAGGAGCAGACCUCAGUGAACUUCAAAGUGCCAUUGAAUCUAUAAAAAAGACACAGGAGGACAUUAACAGGAACAUCAGUGUGCUGCGGAGUCGUGCGGCAGGCCGGGUGGAAGGCGCCUCUUUCCUCCAGCAGCGCGACUACAUCAUCAUCUUUUUCCUCAUCCUCCUUCAGGUCCUGAUCAACUAUGUCUUCAAGUAGCAGCCAUACAGAGAGAGUGAUGCCCUCACACACACAAACACACUCAUACACUCUCCGAACAUCAGGCGUCACAAUGGGAGACUAAGAGACGUGAACUCUGCCCUCUCUUCUCUCUGUCUUUAUUAAGUCCAACUACACACGUCCAGAAAAGUGGAGACCCCCACACAAAGAGAGACUUUUUUUUAAAACGUGUUUAUUUUUAACCAGUCCAUUCCAAAACUCUGGGGAGAUCCACAGAUUUCAAAGCGAAGAGGAGCAGCGAUAAGGAGAGGUAGUUGGAGGGGAGAUUUUUUGUGCGAUGAAGUCUUGACUGCCUCUCUGGAGCUCAUUUAUUUGCCUUGAUGUAAGAGGCAAAGACAGCAGCCAUUUUUUAGCUGUUGUUUGUUUGGUUUUUUUUCCAAUGGAGUGAAACUACUCUGUGAUUCACAUUUCACCUCAAACGACAGGGAACCUUUUAACAUGGAGACGAGUACCACGACUCAGAUGGUAACACACAUUUAAAAAAAAAAAAAAAAAUGUUUUAAUUUUAAUGUUGGUUCUUUUUAACAUUUUGUUCCUUUUCUUGGUGUGUCCUUUGUGAUAGGGGUCUGCUUGGAACAAAAAAGCGGUGAUAAGGGAGAGAAAAACAAAGUGGUCCAAUCUAUGUGACUUUUAUUUUUUUAUUGUCAGAUACUUUGAUAACGGCUGGGGUUUCCACGCGUGGAAAUGGACGGGGAAGACAAAUAACACAAGUGAUAUUGUCAAAAGGAACAGAAGCUAUAAUUUCUGCUGUAUAAUAGAACUUGACCUUUUGCAUACAAAGUCAAUGUUGAAAGAAAAAAGCCAGAUGUUUAACACAGCGUCAUUGUGUACUGUAGGUAGCAUGUACAGACAGAGGAGUGUGAUUAGGACAUUAUUUAGCCCUAUGUACAGUAUUUUAUCCUAAGGCACAAAUGCACUGGAAACGUCAGAUAUUUGUGUUAAUAUAGUUUUUUAUCAGUUCAACUUGCACUCUAUCUUUUACAUUUCUGCUCUGAGGAGGUCUGGAGCAUCAACCGAAGGAUAAAAAAAAAAAAGAUUUUUGUGAUUUAUCAUGAGUUUCAGUGAACACUGCCCUAGUUUCAGGUAAAGGGAGUUGAUAUGUUUUUAAUCAACGUCAGCAAAGCGAAAUGAUGUCGUAUAAAAUUUUCAUCUGCCUUCAUAGACCAAAUGGCAAGUUAAAGGAAUAGAAGAAGAAAUGCACUUGGGUUUUUUUUUUUCUUGAGAGAGUUGGAUAAGAAGGUUGAUACUCCUCUCAUAUAUUGACAUUCAAUACGACCACCAGCAGGUUAGCUUAGCUUAGCAUAAGGAGUUAAAGCAAAGACAAACAACUAGCCCGGCUCUGAUAAAGGUAACUGAGGACCAAUACACCUUUUACCCCUACUGCUUAGCCUUACCCCUCCGUUUUGUGUGUUCACAUCUCGGGGUAGGGUGUCCUGAUUUUCUUUGGAAUAAAGGGGUAGGGCAAACUGUUAGGCCUACAUGACAUUUUUCAGAAGCACACUUUACACUGAGUGUUAUGAGAAACCAUCGGCAAGAUGGCUGUAUGAGCAACAAAAGAAACACACAGAUGUAUUUUCUUUGUUAAAAAAGAUUUCAAAAUUACAAUAGCCAUCAUAUUAUCCUAAUUUCACGUUGUUCCAAUGUAUUAUGGUUCUCUUUUUUUAAUAACAAGCAUAACAAAAGAAUUUGUUAGUAUGCCAGUGGCUCUUUAGCUACCUAGCUAGCUAGCUAACGUUACAGCACACGUAUUGGUUGUAUAGGGAGUUAAGUGUUGGGCUAUUUCUUGACAUCACUGUGAAGGCAACCACCGGAGACUUUGGGAAGUGACUGUGCCCAACUUAGAAAUAGUCCAGAGCAUACCCCCCAAUAAAACCACAACUUUUUACACAUGACUUUUUGUAUAAAUUAAAUAAAUGAGAUACAACGUUAAUUAACAAGCUUGGGUUGUGCUGGUAGGUGGAUUUUGUUACCUUUAGACAGAGCCGGGCGCUGUACCUUUUGCUAAGCUAAGUGGUUGCUGUCUUUAGCUUCAUAAUUACUGUACAGACUGCUCAAUCUUCUCAUCUAGUUUAUGGCAACAAAGUGACUAAGUGUAUUACCUAAAGUAAACUAUUCCUUUAAAAUUAGUUAUUUAAAUGUCAGUGUUGAGUUGUGCAACCAUAUAGACAAAAACUUAAAGUGUCAAGACUAGUUGAUUUUAAGAAUUGUCUCCAAAUGUAAAACAGACUCCAGACCAAGCCAUGUAAGAGAAAACCCUUAACUCUUCCCUUAGCUGCUGACUGCAGCACCGUCAUGGCAAAGUCACACUCAGAGCAUCGGUCAUCGCUUUCAGUGCUUUUGCGCCUCAGAUGUUAACCAGGAAAUCUAGAAUAGACACAUUAGUAAGCUACUAGUGGGAGGAGGAGAUAGACUCUUUUUUCUAAGUACUACAAUCACCACAGUAAACCAUUCCAAAUGUACGCAAGUACCAGCCAAACUCAGUGUGUAGAAUAGGAGUCGACCCCGUUCACUGUGUAAAUAUCUGACGGGACGGCUCGUUUCCUCGCGAGUAGCGCGUGGCGUUUCAACACCAAGGUUCACGAUACAGACACUCCCACGCUCUGUGCACAAGCCAGUCUUUUCAACCUUGUGUGUCUUUUUGUCCACUGCUCUGUAGAUACACACGGACAUGGGCAAAAAAAAUAAAAAUUAGUGGGGUACACAAUGAGAUUCCUAACGCAAAUUUAUCCAGAUGGCCUCAAGACGUUGCUGUUAUUCAGCAGUAGUUGCAUAAGGUUUUGUAAAUGCUGUGAAAAUACACUGGGGUUCUAAUCUGCUGCCUUCUUCUCUGGAAACAUGGAUUUCAAAGAUUCAAAAAUGAUUGUAGGGACAUGUAGCCUGAAAAUGUACAGGCUUAUGAGGACUGACUGAGUUAAGGGGUGUGUUUAGCACUAUCAAAUAAAAAAACUAACUCUUCUCCCAGCAGUCUAAAUUGUUAACUCAACCAAGGAUGAAGGCGGCAUAUUCGAACCCUUACCAGACGUUUUGACCACACAUACCCCUUUUCCACCAACACGGAACGGGUUUUGUUCCAGUUCCAGCAACUAAUUUUGAAUCCUUCUGAGCAUUUUGGCCAAAAAUAAACUGGUACUGAGUCUGAUAAGUUGGUUCUUAGCUAGAACCAAAAAUAGUAGGUUUUCCUUGACAUGAGGUGCGAACCAUGACGACAUCAGUGGGCGUGACAUAUUCUACAGAUUGGAAAGAGAAGAUGGAGAAGUCGAGUGAGAAACUGUCAGACCAAACAGAGCAAUGGUAUCAUUAAUAGUUGGCUUGUGCUUGUUUUGGAGGUAAAAGCAAAUAUCUGUUAUAACAGAACAAAAGCUUUGCAGGUAAUCAAUGUAAUUCAUGAUUUAGCAAUCUGGUCUAUCUCUGGUUUGCCAGAUACCACCAAGGUUCAAAGAAUCCUGAACGGAACCGGUUCCAGAACCAGACAUAAUUUGGUGGAAAAGGGGGCAACAGUCUGUCAGGAUUUUCUCUUAAGAAGCAAAUAAAUAACUACUAAUUGAGGCAAUCCAAAAAGAUCCAAGCCACUUAUGGAGCGUAUCUGAACAUUGAUUUUGUAUAUCUCUUGGCCUGUCAUGAUGUUAGCCUUGUCGACGUUUACAUUUCCAAUUGCCUCCGCCGUCAGCAGACUGUUGAGCGAAGAAAUCUUUGUAAUGCUAACACAGGUAUUAAGAAAGACUGGUGGCAUGGUCGGGAGCCAGCUGUACCCCCGUUACGUUACCCGGCUGGCCCGUGUGUAUCUGUACGUGUAUUUUUGUGUAUCCUCAUUGCCUCGAUCGCUCAUUUUAAAUAGAGAAUCCAGAUGUUAGAAUGUGGAGAAAUACCAGUGCCUUCUAGAGUCGGACUGGGGAGGGGGUAGAUAGGGGGUUAAGGGGAGGUGAUAGGAGGUCGGCAGGGAUUUGGAGGGGGUGUGGUGUGGAGCAUACAAAGUGUCCCAGUCUCAAAGUGGACCACUAAUGAAGGGAAUGAUCUAGAAUAAAAAAGACUGGUGGGUGGGACUCAGAAUGGGACCCUUGUGGCGGCUGUAGUCACUGUAGUGUUUUAGAGCGGACGUGCCAUACGAAGCCUUAGAAACAAGUCCGACUCCAGCUCCGAAGCUCAACCCGCCCCACCCAGCUCCUGCUUUCCCCUCCUAAAGCGUCGCCAUAGCAACUCACCCGUAGGUUUCCGGAUGCUGAUUCCUGCCACAGUAGAGAGAAAGGGAGGGAGAGAGGCCGCUCCUCUCCUUUGUCGUCCUCGUCCCUCUCUCGCUCUCUCACACACCAAAUUCAGAGGGAAGUAAACAUCUCUGCCGUCUGUUGUUGUCGUUGCUGUAUCUGUAAAAUAAUACAUUUUAUUUAUUCCUCUUUUUGUAUGUGGGUUUAUGUUAAUUUUUUUCUGCUUGUAGCAUUCGGUCAGUGUUCUCUUUACUUGUUUUUCAAUGCUGAUUUUAAAAUUGGUUUUAUCCCACUCUUCGUUACUUGACGUCACACACAAGCGACUGUCCUCAACUUGUGCACACUGUCAAUGUCAACUGCCCCCACCCCCUUUCCACACACACACACACACACACACACACACACAUACCCUUUUUCCUAUCUGAGUACGUGAAUAUAUUUACUGUAUCUCCAUGGCAACUAUAACUUCCUUGAAGUUUAUGGUCACGUGUAACAUAACACAGAAUAAAAACAAAUGACAUCC